AUGAUCCACCAGAGUGACCUGUAUCAAGACGAAGGAGGCGUGGGGAUAAUCAACAAGGAGGAGCUUCGUCCUCUGGUACCAAGUGCUGGCAACUCGAAUUCUACCAAAAAGGAUGACGACAGUGACAUUCUAAUUAUUCCCCGCGAAGUUCAACUACUUCGUCUCGAGAACUUGGCCGUUCCUGCCUGCUACUUGGUCGUUGGCAUUGUCCAAGGGUUGAGUGGACCCCUGCUGAAUGUGUAUCCCUUGGAUCUCGGAGCGACGGAAGCGGCUCAAAUGACAAUCCCCGUCAUCUUUCAAUUCCCAGCCGCCGUCAAGAUCCUCUAUGGAUUUUGGAGUGACAGUGUCCCCAUUCUGGGCGCCAGACGAAAACCCUACAUGUGGAUGGGAUGGGUGUUGGUUUCGUGCACCAUGAUGCUCCUGCUGGGCACGGCCGAUUUGACCAUGGAAUAUGAUGACGACAACGAUAGCACUGACCUUCACCGCCACACACCUCUUCCACCAUCCGAUGCACCGUCCAUUGAAUACCUCAGUGUCCUGUUCUUUCUACUGGGAGUUGGACUCUGGUUAGCAGAUGUCAUGGGGGAUUCUUUAGUGGCAGAAAAGGCACGUAUCGAGCCAGAUCCCAUCAAGGGAAAUCUCCAAUCCUCUUGCUAUGCUUGUCGAUUCUUUGGAAUGAUGGUGGCAGCUCCUUGCUCGACGGUGCUGUAUUCGCGCUACGGGCCAAGGAGUGUUGUUAUGGCACUGGCAGCGUCACCCAUGAUUGUCCUCCCACUCAUUCUUUGCUUGCGAGAGAAAAAGGUGAUUGAGGUAAAGAGCGUUCGGCAUCGAAUACAAGAUAUUUGGAAUACUGUUCAGUCCCGAUCUGUGUGGCAACCAAUGGCGUUUGUGUAUAUCUACAAUCUACUCCAAGUUGGAAAUGGUGCCUGGAGGCAGUUUCUAAAGUCGGUGCUGUUCUUUUCAGAAUCUCAGAUCAACUACCUCUUGAUUGCUUCUUACGUGCUGCUCUACCUGGGUACAAUGGCGUACAAGCAAUGGUUCUUGCGGGUUAGCUGGAGAAGAGUCUAUCAAGUUUGUAUCUUGCUCAAUGGGGUAUUCUCAGGCCUGCAGCUUCUCUUGAUUUGUGGUCAAACCUUUGGGUUGAGCCCUUUCCUCUUUGCAUUAGGGGACGAAGCCUUGGCCGAAUUUGUCACUGGUGUUCAGUUUCUGCCCGUCACAAUUAUGAUGGUCGCCCUAUGUCCAGAAGGCAGUGAAGGUGCUUCGUACGCUCUUUUUACGACUUUUUCCAAUGCCGCCAUCCUGCUCGGCCCCACCAUUAGCACCCCACUGCUUGGUAUUUGGGAUGUGAGCAAGGAGACACUAGAAGCAGGUGAACUUUCGGGCUUCUUCAAGCUCUCUGUCCUGACCUCACUUUUGCAACUGAGUCCCAUUGUCGUUCUAUCCUGGCUACCUCACUCUAGCCAGGACUUGCACGAGCUAUCUGCUAGGCCCAAAUCAACCACAGGAGGUGUAGUUUUUCUGCUGAUAGUCUUUGGAUCGCUUCUUUACAUCCUGGUGGUGGGAACGCUCAACAUUGUCGCUCCAGGUUGGUCGGGAGAGUCGCGUUAG